AUGCGAGAAGAAGUACGAACCAGAGUCGAGGAGCCAGGCACCUCGGACGACGAAACCGUCGUCGUCAUCCAAGAUGGCGUCGCCCUGAACGCUGCAGGCCACAGGGACCAGCUGUCGCGCCAAUACGGCCUUCUGGGACUUGCCAGCAUGGCCCUCACCGUGGACAACGCUUGGGUCGCAUUGGGCUCGUCGAUUUCGGUCUCUAUUCGGAUCAACUUCUACGGCUGGAUUUUCGCCCUGGCGUCGCUCAUGCAGAUCUCGAGCAACGUCGCCGUGAGCAUGUACGCAGUCUACCACCUCGACACCUACGUUAGCCAGCCGUACCACGUCUUCAUCGGGUACCUCCUGAUCCUCUGGGGCUCCGCGUUCUUCAUCGUCUUCGCCAACAAGUACGCGCCGCACACCCAGCACGUAGGCACCUUCUUCGUCAUCGUCGGCGGCAUCGUGACCAUCAUCAUCCUGGCGGCGAUGCCGAAACGCCACGCGACCAACCACUUUGUGUGGUCCUCUUUCAACGAGAAUAAUGCCACCGGUUGGUCGGGCGGGGUCGCGUUUCUCCUGGGCGUCCUCAACGGCGCCUUUACGAUCGGGACUCCUGACUCGGUUACGCAUAUGGCGGAGGAGAUGGGCCAUCCCAGGAAGGACCUGCCCAAAGCGAUCAUGUUGCAGAUCACUCUGGGGUUCGUCUACAUCACCGCCCUCCAGGGCGGCUUCAACACCUUCCCGUUGACCAACAUCUACGUUCAAGCAACGGCCGGGGAUAACGGCGUGCGCAACCCGGGCGCAGCUUUCGGGCUUCUGUUCAUCAUGCUCAUCUGCACCUUGACCUGCUGUGUGGGUCUGACGUUGACUGUUUCGAGGACCUACUGGGCACUGGCCAGAGACAACGCCGUGCCGCUGUCAGCUUUGUUUGGCCGAGUAAACGAACGGCUCAGCUGUCCCGUCUGGUCAACCCUGUUCGUCUGCGUGCUUGCUACCGGGAUAGGUGCCAUUCCGCUUGGCAGUUCGACGGCUUUUCUCGCCAUCGCUGGAUCGUUUGUCGUUUUGACGACCAUAUCCUACGCCAUCCCCUUCGCGGCAAACAUGCUGUCGGGCCGCAAGUAUUUCCCCAAGGGGCCGUUCCACCUAGGACGAGCGGGGUACGCGGUCAACGGCCUGGCUGUCCUGUUCAUUGUGUUGUUUGAUGUUCUCUUCUGCUUUCGGACGGUGGCGAUUACCGGGCUGUGGUGGGCGGCGCACGCCGUCAAACAUUACCCCGGCCCGAAGGUGAUGGCCUUAUACAUCGAGACCGACGGAGUGGCGCCCGUGGCCACCGAAAAGUCUUCGGCAUCGGCGAUGGCUACGGAGCUAAAGCAGAAAGAAGCAGAAAACCUCCGGAGUUAA